AUGAGCGGAAAUGAGGCUCGACCGGCGUCGGGAACGGGCCACGCCUUCGAGUUCCACGACUUGUCAGGAAGCUCGGACAUUACAGGAACGCUCAAUACACGCACUGGACGCGCGGGCGCCGACGACAACGACAGCCUGAAUGGGGAUGGCUCGUUUGGAUUUAGCGACAACGUUACGCUUCUUCGCGAGGAGAAUGCAGCACAGCGAAAUUACGGCGCGCCCAUCUGGUCGUUGGAGUACUACGCUCAGUUCUUCAACAUUGAGACUCAUGUGGUGCGGCGGCGCUUGGUCACUGCGUUAUGGCCGUUUGGCGCCCGCAUGCUCGACACCUUGAACUCCAAUCCCGAUCUUUAUGGUACCGAGCCCUCGCGACAUUUUGACGAAGGUCCAAUCUGGAUUUCAACCACACUCGUGUUUGCAAUGGCCAUGGCUGGAAACUUUUCCAGCUAUCUCGCUUCUGAAACGGCGUGGCAGUACGAUUUCGAAAUGGUCACUUUCGGCGCCACUUCUGUGUAUGGUUACGUGCUCGUUGUCCCGCUCCUCUUGUGGGCUGCAUUGCGAUGGUUGAUUGGCAAUGGUCGUAUCGCCUUUACCGAGCUGGUGUGCCUGUACGGCUACUCGCUCUCCAUCUUCAUCCCAGUGGCGUUGCUAUCUAUUUUCCAAGUCGAGUGGUUCCGAUGGCUGGCAGUAAUAAUCGCGCUGUUCUUUUCAGGGGGCGCUCUUCUGACAAACAUCUGGCCGCUGCUGCGAACGCAUCCCCAUCGCAUUAGUUAUGGCAUCUGUGCGGCAAUGCUGUUGUCGCAUGCCACUCUCGCCAUCGUUUUCAAGCUCUUCUUUUUCGAGUACAAUGCGGCAGUUGGCUCGUCAGGCAACACUCCGGCGCCAGCACCAUCUCACACGCCAUCCAUCUCUAUUGUCAUGCUGCACUCACUUCAGCGCGUUCGCAGCGGGCUGUCUCCUGCCAUCGCUUCCAUGCGGUGGAUGUCGCGUUCCAGCACCACGAUCGCCAUUGCGCAUCCUUCAUCGCGCAAUGCAUCCUCAUCCUCAUCAUCAUUGUCGACUGGCAUGGUCCUCCCUGCGACGAGCGCUGCGACUGGAGCGAUCGCCAAGACGCGCGCUCAGUCGCUUCCCGCGUUGCUCUCCUCGUCCUCCGCAGUGACACUUCCGCAUCGCCGCUAUAGCAACGACGUUGCAAACACACACGUCGUCCGGCUACGCUUCCAGUCCGUCCGGAGCGUGCUGGUGGAAGGCAAUGCAGGCGACCAUGUUGUCGUGUCCGGGUGGGUGCGAUCGGUGCGUGCCCAAAAGUCAGUGUCGUUCGCCGAGCUGAGCGAUGGCUCCACACUGAAGAGCAUUCAGAUCGUCCUCAAGCCUGGCCAAGAGAAGGACAUUGCAACGGGCGCUUGCAUCAAAGUGACGGGCAAGCUUGUUGCCAGUCCAGGACAAGGCCAAGCGUUGGAAAUCGACGCGUCUGAAAUUGUCGUUCUGGGAACAUCCGACCAAACAGACUAUCCGCUUCAGAAGAAGCGACACACGAACGAGUUUCUGCGCGACAUUGCGCACCUUCGUGCACGUACCAACAGCGGCGGGGCCAUUCUACGCGUGCGGAAUGCACUGACUAUGGCAAUUCAUCGCCACUUCCAGGACAAAGACUUUUUAAAUGUCAAUACACCCAUCAUUACAAGCAGUGACUGUGAAGGCGCUGGAUCCCUCUUUCGCUUGGAAACCUCGCCAGCCGCCGCCGUGGGCGCGGAUGCUGCUGCCGCUUCCCAGCCACCCGCACCCCACGAGUCCUUCUUUGGACACCCAGCGUACCUGACGUGCUCCGGGCAGCUGCAUGCUGAAGCUGUGGCGAGCGGCAUGUCUCGCGUUUACGUGCUUGGCCCGACUUUUCGCGCCGAGAACUCCCACACCAAGCGACACAUGGCCGAGUUUUACAUGCUCGAGGCGGAACAGUUCUUUAUCGACCAGAUGGACGAGCUGCUCGACCUCACCAGCGACUGCGUCAAGGAUCUGACUGCCACCAUCGUUUCCAAGUGCAGCGAUGAUCUUGCGCACUUUCAAAGGCAUGUCGAUUCCAACCUGCUGGAGCGUCUGCACAACACGAUCGAGCAGCCAUUUGCGCGCCUGACCUACACCGAGGCCGUCGAAAUUCUUGAAGAGCGACGCACCAUGUUCAAGGUCGAUCCCAAGUGGGGCGUGGAUCUGAAUAGCGAUCACGAGCGUUUCCUGUGCGAGCAGUACUGCAAGCGUCCCGUGUUUAUUACCGACUACCCAGCGGCCAUCAAGCCAUUUUACAUGCGUCGCAACAUGGACAACAAGACUGUCGCUGCUAUGGACUUGCUUGUGCCUGGGAUUGGCGAGCUGGUGGGCGGCAGCCUUCGUGAAGAGCGCGCAUCCGUGCUCAUGCAAAUCAUGCGGAGCCAUCAAAUGUUGCCGCAAAUGCAGUGGUACCUGGACUUGCGUCGGUAUGGCACGGCACCCCAUGGCGGGUUUGGCAUGGGCUUUGAGCGGCUGAUGAUGUAUUUGACGGGGACGGAGAACGUGCGUGAUACGAUUCCAUUCCCGCGCACUGCAGGACAAUGUCGCUAUUAAUGCAAAAAUAUACUAGAGCGCUCAAUUGCCACCAAUAGGGCCGUUGCUUAUGUUUA